CUCAACCAGAGAACGAUCUAUGCCCGUCCGGAAUCGUCUGGGUUGCUGGCGAAAUAAAUAACGCCAUGGCACUGGGCGAUAUCCAAGAUGGCUAUCCAGGCCUGGCCAAAUUCAUGGGUCCACAUUUCGACUCUGGAAUGGGCCUCUUCAAGCGAUUCGCAGACCUCAAUGCUCGCAAUUUGCUGUAUAUGCAAGCGGAACUAGUAAACCUGGAACUUGAGCUGAACGUUCUGACACAUGACGACCACACGAGCCGGGAUCCAACGCGGGAGACAUAUGAGAAGAGCGUCUGGAACAUGGCUCAUUCACCAGACAGCGCGCAAUGGAAGAAAGUGCUCGAAAUUCGACAGAAAGUAAAGGAUUACAACGAUGCUCUAUUGCAGCAAUCCCAACUAUGCAAACUCAACAAAGCCAACGACUAUGAUGUAGGAAUUCUCUUACAUUGGCUUCUGCAUGCUGAGGGAGGAAACGGCUUUCUUGAAGGAUUCGAAGCACGACCUUGGAAAAAAGGCGAGCGGCGGGACUUGAUAUCCAUCUGUAGCAGAGCAAGAACAGAUAAGUUUACAAGAUGGGCGGAAAGAAAGGCGUACCCUUGGCUAUACGCGAAAGUGUUGAAGCGUUGGAAGAAACCAAUAAACGGCCAAGAAAAGGUGGGUAUCGCCCAUCUCAACGACAACUGGUUCGUUCGUCUUGCACGAGUCAUGACAGUUAUUCUCUCAACGUUGUUGCCAUCCAUCGCAGUCCUAGGGCUUUACUACGUCAGAAGCCUACCUGCCCACCUUGGCGCAGUGGUCGGAUUCUCAGCCAUGUUCUCUCUCGCUCUAGAAGUCUUCACCAAUUCUCGACCAAUCGAGGUUUUCACAGCAACUGCUGCGUUUGCAGCCGUUCAAGUUGUCUUUGUCGGCAGCACUGGCCAGAACUCCUGCGAGUGUUUUGUCUCUCAAACAUAACCAUCGAUUCUGUAUUGCCGGAAUUAACGUCAGCAAUUGCAUGAUUCAAUCUUAGGACAAAAUUUGGCAUCCUGCCGACAUUCCUUAAUAAAUUCAGCAAGAGAUUGAACAAACAAACGCCACCCCAGUUAUGUUCCACGCCAUAUGAUAUUGCGCUCUCGGGUCAUGGGAAAGAAUGAUUAUCUGGGGUUUGGUCGAAUGUAUAAUGUGAGACAUUGAAGGCGGGCUGGUCGUAUAAAUAGAGGGAGAUUCCAGAACGGUUUAUCUGGCUUCGUAUACUUGCAUUUAUCUGCUCCUCCUGGCAAAGAUUUUUGGGAAUCUCAUCACUGAGUCUUGGUUUGUAGUUCUUUUUGGACGCUUUACGAUGCAGUCUUAUGAAAUUUUG